AUGCUGAAGGCCCGAGUUCAGGACUGUGAAAAGACAUAUCUGAGAAGAGGUUCUUGGACUCCUGAAGAAGAUCAGAAAUUGAAAGCUUAUAUACGUAGAUAUGGCAUUUGGAAUUGGGUUCAGAUGCCCAAGUAUGCAGGUUUGUUGAGAACAGGGAAAAGCUGUAGACUUCGUUGGAUGAAUUACCUAAGGCCAGAUAUUAAGCGUGGAAACUUCAGUGAAGAAGAAGAAGAAAUUAUAAUAAAGCUGCAUCUAGAACUGGGAAAUCCAUGGUCCCGUAUUGCCUCAAAACUGCCUGGAAGAACUGAUAAUGAGAUUAAAAAUUACUGGCACAUCCGCUUAAACAAGAAGCGCUUGGAAGAAACGCAAAAAGCCAACCAGAAGCAUUUGUCUGAAGCCGUUUCCUCACCACCAAUCACUGAUCCAUCUUCAUCCAACUUCAACAGCCAUAAGGCUUCUCCCAUAUCCUCACAAUUAUCAACAAAUGAUUAUUCAUCAUCAAACUGUAAUCCUACUAGUGACAUUUACGGAAUGCAGACCCUGGAAGAGGACAAUGAGUUAUUUGAAACAUAUGGAGAUCUUCAAAGUUUACUGGAGGAGUCAUUUCCGGUGAACGAAUCUUAUGAGGCUAAAGGUCCUGGGUUUAUGGUUCCAACUUCUCAAGUAGAGUUUUCAGAUAAAGAACUCCAAAAUUUAUUGGAACAACCGUUUCCAGGGGAGGGUUUGGACAUGGUGGAUGUUCUAGGGGCUAGAGAUCCUGAAUUAGUGAAGCCAACUUCUCAAGGAGAGUUUACUAUAGAAGCACUCCAAAAUUUAUUGGAACGACCGUUUCCAGGGGAGGGUUUGGACACGGUGGAUGUUCUAAGUGCUAGAGAUCCUGAACUAGUGAAGCCAACUUCUCAAGGAGAGUUUACUGAAGAAGAACUCCAAAUUUUCUUGGAGCAACCAUUUCCAAUGGAGAAUUUUGACAUGUUUGAAAGUUACGGACCGGCAAUAGACCCAAGUUCUAUAGUAACAGCUCCUCAGGUGGGAUUUUCAAAUGAAGAACUUCGAAGUUUAUUGGAGCAGCCAUUGCCCACUGAAGUAUCCACUUCUCAGUGGGGGCUCCAAGAGGAUCCAUAUCCAUUUGCUUUCAACUACAAUGGUGGCCAUGAUUUUCUAAUGGAAGUAAAUGAUAACGGGAUCUGA